AUUAAUUUCCACAAAGACUAGUUUCGGUUGGUCACCCUUUUGCUAUUUGAAUAUUGUGUUUCAACCUUCAAAGAAGAAUAUAGAAAUGAAGUAAACAUCUCUCUCUUCCUUACAUUCUGAGAAUCCAAUCACUCACUGAUUCAUUUGCUGUUGUUGUGAUCUGUAUCAUAUCAUGGCUGAAGCACUUGUUGUUGGAGCAUUAGUUUCUGGCUCCAUCAGCCUUGUUCUUAACAGGCUCAUUUCACCUGAGUUUGUCAACUCGGUGGUGAGCAAGAAGCUGGACCGAAAGUUGGUUGAGAGGCUCAAGACUGCUCUCUUGGCUGCCAAAGCUCUGGCUGCUGACGCCGAGCAGAAGCAGUUUGGAAACGAUCAUGUGAGGAAAUGGCUUGAUAGUCUCAGGGAUGCUCUCUACACUGCUGAUGACUUGCUGGACCGUGUCUUCAUCAAAGCUCAAAUUCGCAAGAAGGUACGCAUUCGCCUUCCUCUCCAGCUUAAUUUAUCUGUUAGGAAGAUGGUGGCUAAGAUAAACGAGGUGGUUAAAAGAAUAGAAGAUCUUCAGAAACUUAAAGAUAGCCUUGGUCUGAAAGAGAUUCCAACAGGUAGCUCCUCAUGGAGAACUCCAUCCACUUCUCUUGAAAGGGGAACUGUCUAUGGCAGGGAUGAUGACAAACAGGCAUUAAUCAAGAUGCUAAAUGACAGCAAUGAUCAUAACUUGUCCGUCAUCUCUAUUGUUGGUAUGGGCGGGGUUGGUAAAACUACUUUAGCACAAUGCCUGUACAACAAUAAGGAUUUGAUGGACGGGGUUGAUCUGAAAGCAUGGAUUUGUGUUUCAGAAAAUUUUGAUGUCGUUGAGACUACUAAGAAUGUUAUAAAGGGGAUCUCUUCAGGUUUUUGUAGUCUUGACAACUUUGAUCUACUUCAGCAAGAUUUGAAGAAAAAACUGUCAGAAAAGAAGUUCUUCAUUGUUUUGGAUGAUGUUUGGAGUGAAGAUGCUGACAAGUGGAAUAGUUUUAUCACCCCUUUUCAACAUGGGACAAAGGGAAGCACUAUUCUCCUAACUACCCGCAAGGUAAAUGUUGGUCGAAUAGUCCAACACUAUAACUCUUACACUCUCAAGGAACUGUCAGAUGAUUAUUGUUGGUCUAUUUUUGCUGACAAUGCAUCCUUUCCUGAGUCAAAUGGGAGCUCGGAACUGGAAGAAAUAGGUAGAAAGAUUGUUGAGAGGUGUGAUGGUUUGCCAUUAGCUGCGGAAACACUUGGACGCUUGUUAAUGGAAUAA